AUGCAGAUGGAAAGUCAGCCACGCCUCAAUAAGACUUGUCCCGAUAAUCCUGAUUUCGUUCCUUUGGAAUGGUAUAAUGUUGCAACUGCAUCCGUCUUCAUCAUGGUGACCGGAGCUCUUUCGAUCGCUCUUGGAUUGCAGCUCGAGAAAUCAUUAUUCAUAGCUGCCGUUCGGUGUCUUGUGCAACUGACUAUUAUGGGAUUAGUCCUCAAGGACGUAUUUGGGACAAGAAAUCCUGUUUUUGUCUUUGGACUAGCGCUGAUGCUUAUUCUCCUAGGCACUAACGAAAUUGUCUAUAAUAAAUGCAGAAAGAGAUAUAGUGGAAUGUUCUUAUCGAGUUUCUUUUCACUAGGAGCAAGUACGAUGGUUGUUGGUAUAUUAGGUACAAAACUUGCCAUGGAAGAAGAUCCAUUCUGGGAACCGUACAAGUUUAUUCCUACAAUGGGAAUGCUUAUAGGGAACACAAUGUCUGGAAUAGCCGUUGGCCUGUCAUUUACUCUCAACCAAUUGAGCGAACAACGAGAAAAGAUUGAGACUUACUUGUCAUUUGGAGCCACUAGAUGGGAGGCUACUCGCCCAAUCGCUACAGAAGCAGUCAGGCUUGCGAUGUUACCAACAAUAAAUAUGAUGAGUGUGAUUGGGCUGAUUUCUAUUCCAGGAAUGAUGACUGGUCAGAUUAUAGGCGGUGCUCCGAUCAUGGAUGCCGUUAAAUACCAACAGAUUAUAGUUUUUAUGAUAAGCGCGUCAGCUGCACUUGGUGUCUUGUCGGCAGUAUUCAUUGCCGCGUUUAUAUGUGUUGAUGCAUCUCACCGAUUGCGUGUCGAGCUAAUAACAACCGAUAUGCCUUGGAUAUAUGAACAAAUUCGUUGGCUUGGACGUAUCAUUAAGGGAUUUUUCAUGAGGAUACGAACCACAUUUUGGUAUUGCUGCUGUCACUGUUGUCAGAGACAGAAUCUUAAUGAUAAUGAGGAAAAUGAAAACAUGUUGAAUCAACAUUAG